UUUAUUCAGAGCCAAAACAUUUUAGCUGAAGACAUAACAGAAUUUACAGUUCUGUCAUAGGGCAACAUGUUUCAUUACUAACACCAAAGAAUGACAGUCUGAGGGAAUUUGCAUUAUUUACACACCUACUUUUAUUCUGAGAACCAGAAGCAUUAAUAAUGAGCACUCAGCUCUAUGGAUCAGGUUUCAGUUCAGAGAAGCACUGGAAAUACAGAGCGGAAGGUGAUCAACACCACACCAGCAAUAAGAAAAAAUUGAAGCUCAGAGGCAGAGAACUGUUGUCCUUACCUUCUGAAAUAUUUAGACAAGAAGAGCUACAGGUCCUUGAUAUGAGCCCAGAAAGAGAAAGUUGUCUUACCUACAGAAUUAACAAAGUUCCAAGGGAAAUUGGGCAGCUGAGAAAUCUUGUAGUUUUGAUCAUGGACACAAAUGAACUGCAACAGAUUCCCCCUGAAGUUGGUGCCUUGGAGAACUUACAGAAGCUAACACUGAGCAACAACUGUUUAAGUCUUCUUCCACAGGAAUUUGUCCGGCUUCAGAAACUGCACAGCCUUCACUUAGCCAACAAUCACUUUCAGGAGCUACCUGAACAUGUCUGCCAGCUGAGGAAUCUGCUAUUUUUAGAUGUCAGCGAUAAUAAAAUAAAACUUAUCCCACAAAGUAUACAGAAUCUUCAAAAACUACAGACCCUCCUGCUGUUUCACAAUCGCUUACAGCACCUACCUAGAAGCUUGUGUAAGUUAAAGAAUUUAUGCACACUUUGGCUUGGAAACAACAACUUGAAAAGCCUCCCUCACAACUUUGGAGAUCUUAGUAGGCUGGACUGGGGGUGCAGCCAAUGUUCAUCAAAUUUUGAUGGAAACCCAUUAGAAAAUCCACCAUCAGAUGUGUGCCAAGGAGGCCCGGCACAUAUCAAACAUUAUUUUGCUAUGAAAGAAACUGGAAGUGCAUACUGAAUUUUAUUGUCAGUGACUGCCACAUUAGUAUCGUCAUGUUAAGAGUUCAUCUGUCUUGUGGCAAUCUCUGAAGAUGGGCUAGUCUUACAUGAUAUAGAGGUAAAGCACUAAGUACAAAACUGUAAGUGAUUAACUGUAGCAGAUGCCAGUCUGAGAUCCAGUGUAAAUGUAAAUUUCUUGAGGGCCAAUUGCAAUGCCCUUAAUGUUUCUGAAAUGAUGAGGUGAGUCUCACUGUAAGUCCCAGCUUGAUCAAUACAGUUUGAAAAAUAUAAAAAAAAAUCAAAAUCACUGUUUAAAAUGUUAACUCCCUAGUAAUUUUCUGGACUGAAAUGCAAGAAAAAAGGUAGAAUAAUAACUAAGACAUAGCAAACAUAUAUUUAUGUUUGCAUGCCAGUGCAUGAAAACAAUCUUUUUAGGGCGUCACAGCUCUAAGUUGAAAAAAUGAUGCCCAUUUAUUCAAGCAGAUUUUAUUUUUCUCCCUUUACGCUAAAUAUAUUGUUUUUGAAUAGUUAUAUGCCAG